UCCAUAAAAUCCCAUUGAUCUCCAACGAAAUUCCAAAUCUCUUUUCUUCUCCAGACCAUUCUAAGAUACCCUUUCCUUCAGCUUUUGUCUAUUAGACUGAGAUACUUCACCAUAAUCUUAACGACUUAAUCAAUACUUUGAAUGUAAGUUUGGAUCAACCAUGUCAUUUUGCGUUUGAAGCAUCUUUCGACCCAGGAUCAGAAACUGUUCUGGGAGCUCAGCCUCGAGGGAAAAGAGCUUCGAUCUCUUUUCACACCCGGCUGUAUUCUUACGAUCGUUACUUGCAAGAUCAAGAAGCUUGUAUAGCAUCAAUUUCUUAUCAAGAAAACUAUGCUGACAUACCAUCUUCCCAUAGUUUCUCCAAUUACACAUUGUCAAUCACAAAUAUGGCUGGCGAAACUUUCGAGUUCCAAGCUGAGAUUUCUCAGUUGCUCUCUCUCAUCAUCAACACAGUUUACUCAAACAAGGAGAUCUUCUUAAGAGAACUUGUUUCUAACUGUUCCGAUGCUCUCGACAAGAUCCGUUAUGAGGCUCUCUCAGAUCCCUCCAAGCUCGAUAGCGGCAAAGAUCUCCGCAUCGAUAUUAUCCCAGACAAGGAGAACAAGACCCUUACCAUCCGCGAUACCGGUAUUGGUAUGACCAAGGCUGUAAGUGUCUUCACAGUUGAACACUCAAGAUGAUCUGCUAACAAAUGCAUAGGAUCUCGUCAACAACCUCGGUACGAUUGCACGAUCUGGUACCAAGCAAUUUAUGGAAGCUCUCACCGCAGGUGCUGAUAUCUCUAUGAUUGGUCAAUUCGGUGUUGGUUUCUACUCCGCCUACCUCGUUGCAGACAGAGUUACUGUCGUCUCGAAAAACAACGAUGAUGAACAAUACAUUUGGGAAUCCAGUGCCGGAGGAACUUUUACCCUUACUCACGAUUCCGAGGGUGAGCAACUCGGCCGUGGUACCAAGAUCAUUCUUCACUUGAAGGAUGAGCAAUUGGAUUACUUGAACGAGUCAAAGAUCAAGGAGGUCAUUAAGAAGCAUUCAGAGUUCAUCUCCUACCCAAUCUAUCUCCACGUUGCCAAGGAGACUGAGACUGAAGUUCCAGAUGAGGAGGCUGAAGAGACCAAGGAGGAGGAUGAUGAGAAGAAGGCCAAGAUCGAGGAGGUUGAUGAUGAGGAAGAGAAGAAGCCAAAGACCAAGAAGGUCAAGGAGACCAAGAUCGAGGAGGAAGAGCUCAACAAGCAAAAGCCAAUCUGGACCAGAAACCCCGCCGACAUCACCCCAGAGGAGUAUGGUUCAUUCUACAAGUCCCUCUCCAACGACUGGGAAGAUCACUUGGCCGUCAAGCACUUCUCUGUUGAGGGUCAACUCGAAUUCCGUGCCAUCCUUUUUGUUCCAAAGCGUGCUCCUUUCGAUCUUUUCGAGACCAAGAAGACCAAGAACAACAUCAAGCUUUACGUUCGUCGUGUCUUCAUCACUGAUGAUGCCACUGAUCUCAUCCCCGAAUGGUUGAGCUUCGUUAAGGGUGUUGUUGACUCCGAAGAUCUCCCACUUAACUUGUCUCGUGAAACUCUCCAACAAAACAAGAUCAUGAAGGUUAUCAAGAAGAACAUCGUCAAGAAGGUUCUUGAGCUCUUCCAAGAAAUCUCCGAGGACAAGGAGCAAUUCGACAAGUUCUACUCUGCUUUCUCCAAGAACAUCAAGCUCGGUAUCCAUGAGGAUUCCCAAAACAGAGGAGUUCUUGCCAAGCUUCUCAGAUUCAGCUCCACCAAGUCUGGUGAUGACAUCACCUCUCUCUCUGACUACGUUACCCGUAUGCCAGAGCACCAAAAGAACCUCUACUACAUCACUGGCGAGUCCCUCAAGGCUGUUCAAAAGUCACCAUUCCUCGACUCCCUCAAGGCCAAGAACUUCGAGGUUCUUUUCUUGGUUGACCCCAUUGAUGAGUACGCCAUGACCCAACUCAAGGAGUUCGAGGGUAAGAAGCUUGUUGAUAUCACCAAGGACUUCGAGCUCGAGGAGACCGAUGAGGAGAAGAAGACACGUGAGGAAGAAGAGAAGGAAUUUGAGGGUCUUGCCAAGGCUCUCAAGAACGUUCUCGGUGACAACGUUGAGAAGGUUGUUGUCAGCCACAAGCUUGUCAACGCUCCUUGUGCUAUUCGCACCGGUCAAUUUGGUUGGUCUGCUAACAUGGAGCGUAUCAUGAAGGCACAAGCUCUCCGCGAUACCUCCAUGUCAUCAUAUAUGUCUUCUAAGAAGACUUUCGAAAUCUCUCCUAAAUCAUCAAUCAUCAAGGAGUUGAAGAAGAAGGUUGAGGCUGAUGGUGAAAAUGAUCGUACUGUUAAGUCGAUCACUCAACUCUUGUUUGAGACUUCCCUUCUCGUUUCUGGUUUCACCAUCGAGGAGCCAGCUGGAUUCGCUGAGCGUAUUCACAAGCUUGUCUCACUCGGGUUGAAUGUUGAGGAGGAGCCAGAAACCACCGAAGAGGCCGCCGCCACUGAGACAACUUCGGAUGCACCAGUUGAGAGUGCUAUGGAGGAGGUCGACUAAAUUCAAAAAGUGGCUGGGUUUUCGGGACAGUGGAGUUUUAAUGGUUGGGUUUUCGGACAUGCAUUGAGCCUGUUACUAUUUCUCUUUUGAUGCUCUUAUUUUCUCUCCCACGUGGCCUUCAUACAUGAGGCAUAAUCUUAAAAAAGUACUUUGUGAUAAACAUUGCGCAUUAAGAUAAAGAGGAAAGAGAUAGCAGAAUACAAAAUAUUUCGUGUAACAUCUGUGUGUUCAGUUGAUUUGCUUUGGAGUGACAAUACAAUUCUCACAUUUUAUCGUGAGCGACAA